CCUGAAAUCCUACUGACUCACCUCCAGCAUUUUGUUUAUGGACACCACUAAGCAGCCUUCUUUUCGCAAAGAUCAAAACAACAGCUGGUCUUCGGAUUGCCAUUUCCCCCUCAACUGAGAAGAUGCCUGAUGCUCUCUGUAUUGUGGGCUCCAUGUUCGGGUCAGAGGAAGGACAGCAAGAAUGUGGCACCUGCUACCUGAUAAACAUGGGCUCUGUGAUUGGCAUCAUUGCCUCUGACAUUAUCUUGACCGUGUUCCUCAUCAUCUCCGUGUUCUGCUUCGCAAGUCAUCACAGGAGAAGAAGGGAACAGGAGUCUCACGAUGGUAGAAGAAAUCUGUCCUUAUCUGUCUCGAACAAGAUGACCCCAGAAGACACAGAAUCUCCAUAUCAGGAAUUACAUGGAGUGCAGUCAGAUAUCUACAAUGAACUUCGACACUUUCGGAAAUGACAUAUUGUGGAAAAGUGUUAAAAUUCUCAACUUCAUGUCUGUGACUUACUGUAAAAUAUAUAAAAGAACUAUGCCAAAUAAUCCUUGGUAUAAAUCUUGCUUUGCAACUCAUAAAUUAGCAUAAAUCUAAUGAUAAAUAGCGUGGAGUCUCUGAAUGUUGUUUCUGCAGUUAAUUUAUGUUGUGCUGAGUGGAGCAUGGAAUUCAGUAAGUACAUGGUGUGUUUGUAAAUUCUUUUGUAUUUAUCAAAAUAUAAUAAAACCCACCUUUGCAAUCAUUGUUUACCUUUAGAAAAAUUCUGGUCAGACUCAAUAAAACUGGUUUCAUUUUG